AUGAAGGCAAUAGUUGCUUUGCUGUUUCUCUCGGCACUGGCCUUGUAUGCUCAGGCGGAGAUGGAGUACCAUCCACAUGCAAUUCUAAAUUAUCUUGAGAGGGAAGAUCAUGAGAUGGUCAGAAAAGUUCGCGGCAUCUUGAAACUGCAAGAUCCUGGACCCAGCUUUAAACCAUCCUUCGAACCAUCUUUCAAGCCAUCUUUCAAGCCAUCUUUCAAGCCAUCUUUCAAGCCAUCUUUCAAGCCACUGGUCCCACUGCCAAUAAAAAAGUGUUUGGCUCAAGCACUGAUCUGUCACCAUAAAGCUAAAGAAGAUGCUUGUGAACAUCUGAAGUGUAUCAAGCUGACUGGAUGUUGUCUAAAAGAAACAGGGAUUCAAUUUAAUCCACCUCCUAUUGUGAAGAGAUGCCUGCCAGUUAUCCCGUGUUGCAUGCUGGGAAGCGAGACCUGCGAAGAGAAGCUGUGUUGUUUCGUGCGAUUUGGAGAAUGUCUGAAAAAACUUGGUGACAAAAUUGACGCAUAA